AUGGAGAGGAUACAGGAACUCCUCCUGACCCUGCAACCUGGGGCAGGUGGCGCGGUGGCUGACAUCCGGCCUGACCCUUCCUUGGGGGAUGUGCCGGGGACGGACGAUGUCCUGUCGCUGGCGGCAUCAGCCAACCUCUUCAGUGAGGGUGUCACGGGGGAGGAAGCCUCAAAUGCUUUUGGGGAGGCCUCCCGCUCCUCUGCUCAGAGCUCUGGGCACAGCACAGAGGGUAACCCCAUCGGGGCCGUCAUCCGUACGGCCCUGGCUCGCCUGGGGCUCGAUGCUCCUCAGGCAGACUUGGCCCAGCCUAGCGCCUUUUUCAGGCGCAGCCCUGCCACAGCCCCUUUCUCUGUCCCUCCUUCGGAGGAGUAUUUAAAGGAGCUACACCUCUGCUGGAAGGACGCCAAGGCUCUCCCCCGUCCUUCUUCCAGUGCUCGAGCCUUGGCUGCCAUGCGGGAUCCAGCGCAGUAUGGUUUGGGUUGUAUGCCACCCGUUGAGCCCGCCAUUGCCUCCCUCAUUCUAACCCCCGAUCAGGCCUUGCGGCCGGAUGCCAGGUGUCCUCGGCCCCAGUGCAGGGUCACAGACGACCUGCUUUCGAAGGCCUAUGACGCAGCAGCACGUAUGGGGCGGAUUGGCAACUCCCUCUCCCACCUAAUGCUGGCGCUCUCGACCUCGCUGCAACAAGCUGCAGUUGAGCCGUCUACACAGGACCUGAGCGACGCGUCCCUACAGGCCUUUGCCCUCAUGUCCAGGGAAUUGGGGCGUGUUAUGUCCACCCUGGUCCAGACUCGCCGCCAGGUUUGGUUGGCUCAGUCGCCCCUGACGGAGGCGUGCAGGAAGGCCCUUAGAGCCGUGCCAGUGGUACCGGGGGAGCUGUUUGGGCCUAGAGCCCCCCCGGCUGCCCCCCGGGGCCGCUACCAGCCACCACGCUCUUACCCAGCAAGAGAUGAGGGCCUACGCAGGUCUCGGCGGUCCGCCCAGCAGCCCGCUGAUAGCUUUCGCGCCCCCGCCCGCCCGGGCAGCCUCGGGCCGCGGAGCCUCACCGGUACCCCUCCAGAGCCGACAGAGGCUGGGGGGCCAGGCGCUAGGACCACGGGGCCGGUCGUCGGCUGUUAUUCCCAGCAGCAGAUCAGCUACUGGGCUGCCUGUACUAUAGACCCCUGGGUGGUUUCCACCUUAACCCGGGGGUACGAAUUACAGUUCCGACGCCGGCCCCAGGCCUUCGGACGGGUCAGGAUGACAGUCGUCCGCGACCCGACGAAGGCCGCAGCUCUGGCCCAGGAGCUAUCCGCCCUCCUGGCCAAGGGUGCGAUCGAGCCAGUGGACCCUCAGUUACAACCCGGGGGGUUCUACUCGGCCUACUUUCUGGUAACCAAGAAAGACGGCGGAUUCAGGCCCAUUCUAGACCUAAGGGGCCUGAACAUGUUUUUAAAAAUUUUACCAUUUCACAUGCUCACCUCGGCGGACACCCUGAGGGUAGUUGCCAGGGGGGAGUGGUUCACGACUAUAGACCUAAAGGACGCCUAUUUUCAUGUGCCGGUUGCGGCACACCACAGGCGGUUCCUGAGGUUUGCCUAUCGGGGCAGGCAUUACCAAUUCAGGGUACUUCCCUUCGGGCUUUCCCUCUCCCCGAGGGUUUUCACCAGGGUUGUGGCGGCAGCCCUCGCACCCCUGCAGGCGCAGGGCAUGAAGGUCCUGCCGUAUCUGGACGACUGGCUGGUCUGUGCGCCCUCCAGGUCCCAGGUGGCCCAGGACACGGCCCGCCUGCUGUUGCACGUCGCCCGGCUGGGCUUGACGGUGAAUCAAACAAAGAGUUGCCUGGACCCUUCCCAACGUGUUACCUAUCUGGGGUUGGUCCUGGACUCGGUCGCCAUGAAGGCCUACCUUUCACCUCGACGGGUGAACGACAUCCUCCGCCUCCUUCCCCUCUUCAGAGCCGGCAGGAGGCUGCUUUUUAUUCAUUUUAUUCAGCUUCUGGGCAAGCUGGCAGCUGCUUCAGCUGUGGUGCCUCUGGGCUUACUGUCCCUGCGCCCACUCCAAAUGUGGCUGAACAGCCUGCACCUAGAUGCCAAGUGGCACAGGCAGAGGAGGGUCAAGGUGACCCUGCAGUGUCUUGUCUCUCUGGCUCCAUGGAGAAAGAGAGCGUAUCUGGAGGCAGGCGUGCCCAUGGGCGCAAUCCCGGCACGCCGGGAGUUGGUGACAACCGACGCCUGCCUCUCGGGAUGGGGCGCAGUGUGGCAGGGCAGGACUGCGCAGGGACGGUGGUCUGGCCGGGACGUGGCACAACACAUCAAUGUGCUGGAACUCCGGGCUGUGCAGCUGGCAUUAGCCAGCUUUCUGCCCCAUUUGACAGGCCGGCAUGUCCUGGUCCGGUCGGACAACAUGGCCACGGUUUCGCAGGUGAACCACCAGGGGGGCACCAGGUCAGCACGGCUACUCCGGGUAUCCCAGAGCCUGUGGACUUGGGCUUCUCCCCGUCUAGCCAGCCUACGGGCAGUCUAUUUGCCGGGGGCCCAGAAUCGGGCGGCAGACUUCCUCUCCCGACGGAAGCCUCCACCGGGGGAAUGGCGGCUUCACCCCGAGGUGGUGGAGUCAAUGUGGGGCCUCUUUGGCAGGGCAGAGGUGGACCUCUUUGCCUCGGAGGAGUCGGCGCAUUGCCCCCUCUGGUUCUCCUGGGCAGAAGCGUCCAGCCCUUUAGGGCAGGACGCGCUGGCGCACGAUUGGCCGGACAGGCCUCUUUAUGCCUACCCACCAUUGCCUCUGGUUCUGCCGACACUCCAGAGGGUCCUUUUGCAGGGCCACCGGCUCCUUCUGGUGGCCCCCUUUUGGCCGGGGAGGCUCUGGUAUCCACUGCUGCAGCUGCCAUGGCGCCUCCCCGACAGGAGGGAUCUCCUGUCCCAGCUGGGGGGUCAGAUCUGGCAUCCCGACCCCUCUCGCCUACAGCUCUGGGCUUGGCCACUGCAGGGCCCGACCCACUGCUGAGGGAGUGCACUGCGGCUGUCAGGGGUACGGUCAUGAGUGCCAGGGCACCAUCGACCAGGUUGCAGUACGGAAACAGGUGGAAGCUGUUCUCCAACUGGUGUGCGGCUAGGGCCGUGGAUCCAGUGCACUGCGCUGUGACCACGGUGCUGGAAUUUCUGCAGUCCCUCCUGGAUAGUGGCCGGUCGCACUCUACCUUGAGGGUCUAUGUCGCUGCCAUCUCCUCCCUACAUGAUAGGGUUGGCAGCGCCACGGUAGGGCGCCACAGAUUAGUGUCCCUCUUUCUAAGAGGGGCUUUGAGGCUGCGUCCCCCUACAGCCAUGCGGUCUCCAGCAUGGGACCUGCCGCUGGUGCUGGAAGCCUUGUCAUCUCCUCCCUUCGAGCCUUUGGGUCAAGGGGGUUUGAAGUGGCUGUCUAUGAAGGCUGCCUUUUUACUCGCCAUAACCUCUGCCAAGCGGGUCGGGGAGU